AUGUCCCUCAACCACGACGGCCCAAGAAUUGCCACUACAUCCGCUGCUCAUGCGUGGUCUCCAAAUGUUGCCGGUGUGCACCAGGACCCCUAUGUUCAGACAGAGGAUAGUGCCAUCGAGACAAAGACGGCUGUCUCGUCGAGAUUUUGGCCUGGUGGCUUCAGCGGUCCCGCCUCAGAAGACCUCGUCCUUGUUUCUUGUGACAGAAUCUCCUUCUAUGUGCAUUCAACAGUAAUCCUUGCAGCGUCAUCCAACUCUUUCGCCGACCUCAUCCGCUCCACACGCCUCGCCGUUGCGAGCAGAAAUGUCGAGCACGACGUCGUCAACGUCCGCGAGACGUCAUCCGUGCUCAACAUUAUCUUACACAGCAUCUAUAAUUUGUCUUGCGCACCAUACGCUCCGACGAACGGUGACCUCAUCACCGCCGUCGACACUUUCCCAAGGUACGGCUUCUCUGUGCACACGCAUGUAGCGCCUUCGACAGCCUUCUUCCAGGUCCUCCUCUCACGGGUACACACUGACCCGCUCGAGUUCUAUGCCCUGGCGGGCCACCACGACCUGUACGCGCUCGCCUCGUGUGCGUCGGCGCACCUUCUGGGACUUAAAGUCGGCAGCAUACCGGUCGAGGUUGUCGAGAGGAUGGGCCCCGUCUAUCUCAAUAGGCUGCUCUCGCUCCACCAGACGCGCCUGGACGCCCUGAAGGCGAUCCUCGCAGGCCCGCCCGCACCGCACUCGCUCACGUACGGCUGCGACGAGGAGAGCCAGGCCUCGCUCGCCCGCGCAUGGUCCUUGGUCGCUGCGUAUCUCAUCUGGGAGAUGCGGCCACAGCUGACGCCGAUCUCGCUGGAACUGACCCUGGGACAGCUGGCGAGGAACAUCCGCUGCCCGUUGUGCAAGACGUCCUUCGACGCACGUCUCGCCGGGGUCAUGACCGCGUGGGGUUUCGUUCAGCAAUCGAUUUAA